AAGGGGCAGUUUAAAGUUACAAAAUGUCCAACAGAUGAGCUGUCACUUUCUAAUUGUGCCAUUGUCAACGACAAUGAUUUCUCCCCCAAUACAAAGCAUAUCGAGGUGCACACAGGCGCCGGCUACGGACAAAACUUCGUGUUUUCCAUCAAAAGCCAUCCCAGCAUUCCCAGGUCAAAUGUUGGUUUCAGUUUGCCGCAAAGAAAAUGGGCCGUUUUGUCUCUAAACCAGGAUAUCAGUGUUAAGCCUUACAACUGCGAUGAUUACUUAUCAUCAAUUGUUUUGGAAGCUGAUUAUAUGGCAAAGAAAACAACAUCUCAAGAACAAUAUGAUAGUGAUGAUAUGGCAAGAGAGUUCUUGGCAUCAUUUGCAAACCAAGCUUUUACAGUUGGACAACAGUUGGCAUUUUCCUUUAGGGAUAAAAAAUUGUUGUCGUUGGUCGUAAAAGAUUUGGAAGCCGCAAAUUUGAAUUUGGAGGGAGCAAAUGCAAACGCCAAGCCAAGAAAAACAAAACUUGGUCAGUUGAUACCAAACACUGUGGUGCAAUUUGAGAAGGCGGAAAGCUCUUCGCUGAAUCUAGUUGGAAAAGCAAAAGGAAAACAAGUUAGGCAGUCCAUAAUCAACCCAGAUUGGGACUUCCAGCAAAUGGGGAUCGGUGGUAUUUUAUUGUACGGUCCUCCGGGUACCGGUAAGACCUUAAUGGCCCGUCAAAUUGGCAAAAUGUUGAACGCAAGAGAGCCGAAAAUAGUGAACGGUCCCCAAAUUUUGGACAAAUACGUGGGCGAAUCGGAAGCCAAUGUCAGAAGGCUUUUUGCUGAAGCCGAAGAGGAAGAAAAAAGGGCCGGACCCAACAGCGGCUUGCACAUCAUAAUUUUCGACGAAAUCGACGCCAUCUGCAAGCAAAGAGGGUCAGUGGCGGGGAAUACGGGGGUGCACGACACCGUCGUCAACCAACUGCUGUCGAAAAUCGACGGGGUGGAGCAAUUGAACAACAUUCUCGUUAUCGGUAUGACAAACAGAAAAGACAUGAUAGACGACGCCUUAAUGCGACCUGGUAGGUUGGAGGAACUGGCCCAAAUGACCAAAAACUUCUCGGGCGCCGAGCUGGAGGGUUUGGUGAGGGCUGCUCAAUCGACGGCCAUGAACAGGCUGAUCAAGGCUUCGAGCAAGGUCGAGGUGGACCCCGAGGCGAUCGAGAAACUUUUGGUGGGCAGGGCUGACUUCCUGCACGCUCUCGAAAACGACAUUAAACCGGCUUUUGGUACGGCGCAGGAAAUAUUGGCGCAAUUUUUAUCGCGCGGUAUCAUCAAUUGGGGGGAGCCGGUUUCCAAUAUUUUGGAAGAUGGGAUGUUGUUCAUACAACAAGCUAGGGCUACCGACACAUCAGGCCUCGUGUCGAUCCUGCUGGAAGGGCCGCCGAACGCGGGAAAAACCGCCUUGGCCGCCCAGCUGGCGAAAAACUCGGACUUUCCGUUCGUGAAGGUGUGCUCGCCCGAAGAAAUGGUGGGCUACACGGAGACGGCCAAGUGCCUGCACAUCAGGAAGGUGUUCGACGACGCGUACCGUUCCACGCUGAGCUGCGUACUCGUAGACAACAUCGAGAGACUGCUGGACUACGGUUCGAUCGGUCCGCGAUACUCCAACCUGACUCUGCAGGCUCUGCUGGUGCUGCUGAAGAAGCAGCCGCCGCCCGGCAAGAAGUUGCUCGUCAUCUGCACCAGCAGCAGAAGGCAAGUAUUGGAAGACAUGGAAAUGCUGUCCGCCUUCACCGGAAUUCUGCACGUACCGAACCUGUCGACGCCGGAGCACUUGAUGAACGUGCUGGAAACGUCGGACGUGUUCAGCGCGCAUGAACUGAAACAAAUAACGCACCAGGUGCACGGAAAACGCAUUUUUAUCGGCAUCUCGAAGUUGCUCGGCCUCAUCGACAUGGUCCGACAGACCGACGAGAGGCAUAGGGUGAUCAAACUGAUCACAAAGCUCGAGGAGGACGGGGCUUUGGAGGACCCCGGGAUGGCAUAAAUAUGAGCCUGUAAGAUGUGGGUUGUACGUUUAACAUUGGACAUAUAAACUCUGAAACGAUCUUUUACUUUUUAUGGAAAAUAAUC